AUAAUUAGAGUCAGUCGCAACCAUUUUGCCGUUACUUAACAUUGACGUUGAAUAUGUUGAAAACUUCCAUUACAGUCUUCCUAGAAUAGAGUUACAUCCACUUGUCAUUUUGAAACAUUAUUGUUCACAGGAGUUUGUUCACACCUCUUGAAAUGUUUUGUUGUUGAAAGAGUUUGGAGUCUUCUAAUAUUAUAAUGGUUUCGAUGGUAGUUUAGGCUAGUCUCUAGUAUUGGGUUGCAGCUGGUGCAAUCUAAUGUAAAUUUGAGGGGAUCUAUAUAGCAAACCUUUAUUGAAAAAUAAUUUAGGCUAUUUGUUUUGGUGGAAAUGUUGUUUUCUUCCCCUAGCAACAGGCAAAAUGUAUCAUAAUAGUCCCUAAAACAAGUCAAAUUCAGCUGCUUUCGUAAUCCUCCUGUGGACACCGGGAAGGAAGGAUGCCCGAAGACGUCAUGACUGCAGGACUCUGCUUCCAUUGAUAGGCCUAUUACGGGAGGAGGAGGACGUUUCGAGGAAUCACUGGAUUGAAGGUGGUUAUAGAACUGAGGCCGACCUGCUGAGGUAGAGGUGGGAGGCUGAAAAACAUACUCUGGAAAACAUACUCAAUAAAGUGUUAAAAUCACUGCUGCAGCAUAGACAUUCGAUUGAAACCCUGCUCCUUUUGGCGCGAGGGCGUCUUCUGAUUUUCUUCAAUUUACAUACAGUGAGUUCCCUGCCCUUUCCGAACCAUGCCGUCUUGGUGCCCUCUCCUGUGUCGCCUAGCCAUGCUACUCUGUGUGUGGGCACCAUGCCAGGCCCAGUCGGACACCGAGCUUCCCCCUGGCACCCCCAUCAUCCAGCUGCGUCUGGCAGGGGACAAACGCAAGCACUACGAGGGCCGGGUGGAGGUCUACUACAAUGGCGAGUGGGGCACGGUGUGCGACGACGACUUCUCUAUCCAUGCGGCCAACAUAUUGUGCAGAGAGCUGGGCUACGUGGAGGCCGUGUCCUGGUCCCCGUCCUCCAAGUACGGCAAGGGAGAAGGUCGGAUCUGGCUGGAUAACGUCCACUGUUCGGGGCAGGAGAGAACACUGGCUCAGUGUAAGUCCAAUGGCUUCGGAGUGUCCGACUGCAAACACUCUGAGGACGUGGGAGUGGUGUGUAACCAGAGACGCAUCCCCGGCUUCAAGUUCAUCAGUAGCUUCACCAACAGUGUGGAGAGUCUGAAUGUCCAGAUAGAAGAGGUGCGCAUCCGGGCUAUCUACUCCCAGCGUAAGAGGGUCCCCAUCACAGAGGGCUACCUGGAGGUGAAGGACGGGGGGAAGUGGAGACAGAUCUGUGACGAAGAGUGGACAGAGAUGAACAACAGGGUCAUCUGUGGGAUGUACGGCUUUCCUGGAGAGAAAGGAUACAACACUAAAGUCUACAAGCUGCUGGCCAAGCGGAGGAAGAAGAACUACUGGGACUUCGGAGUGAACUGCACAGGGAACGAGGCCAGCCUGCAUGGCUGUAAGCUGGGCCACAAGGUGGAGCUGAAGGGGAACACCACCUGUGAGAAGGGGAUGCCCGUGGUGGUGAGCUGUGUCCCAGGACGGGCAUUUGCUCCCAGCUAUACCCAGGGCUUCAGCAAGGCCUACAGGGUGGAGCAACCCCUGGUGCGUCUGAGAGGUGGGGCCAACACAGGAGACGGGCGAGUGGAGGUGCUGAAGAAUGGCAAAUGGGGCACCGUCUGUGAUGACAGCUGGAACCUAAAGGCAGCGUCCGUGGUGUGUCGAGAACUGGGCUUCGGGAGUGCAAAGGAGGCCCUCGCUGGAGGCAGGCUGGGACAAGGAAUGGGCCCAGCCCAUAUGAAUGAGGUGGAGUGCUCUGGAUUUGAGAAGUCCCUCACAGAGUGUUACUUCAACAGAGAUGCCCUGGGCUGCAGUCACGAGGAGGAUGCUGCGGUUAGAUGUAAUGUUCCUGCCAUGGGCUUCCAGAACAAACUGCGUCUGAGCGGUGGGCGGAACCCGUUUGAGGGGCGUGUGGAGGUGCUGGCGGAGAAGAAUGACUCGCUGGUGUGGGGCACAGUGUGUAGUGAUAGCUGGGGCACCAUGGAGGCCACGGUCGUGUGCAGGCAGCUGGGCCUUGGGUUUGCCAGCAACGCCUUCCAGGAGACGUGGUACUGGCCGGGAGACGUGAGGGCUGAUGACGUGGUGAUGAGCGGGGUCAGGUGCUCAGGAACGGAGAUGACUUUGGCCCAAUGCCUCCAUCACGGGAAACACCUCCACUGCCCUCGAGGGGGAGGGCGCUUCGCUGCUGGAGUAUCCUGCUCCGAGUCGGCCCCAGACUUGGUUCUCAACGCUCAGGUGGUGGAACACACCACAUACCUGGAGGACCGGCCAAUGUACAUACUGCAGUGUGCCAACGAGGAGCACUGUCUGUCCAGCAGCGCUGCCACAGCCACACCCUCCUCCUACCGUCGCCUGAUGCGCUUCUCCUCCCAGAUCCACAACAACGGACAGUCCGACUUCCGCCCCAGGGCUGCACACAACUCCUGGGUCUGGCACGACUGCCACAGACACUACCACAGCAUGGAGGUGUUCACCCACUAUGACCUGCUGAGCCUCAAUGGCACCAAGGUAGCAGAGGGACACAAGGCCAGUUUCUGUCUGGAGGACACCCAAUGUGAAGAGGGUACUGAGAAGAGGUACGAGUGUGCUAACUUCGGACAGCAGGGCAUCACUGUUGGUUGCUGGGAUACGUACAGACACGACAUCGACUGUCAGUGGAUAGACGUGACAGACGUCGUGCCAGGAGACUACAUCUUCCAGGUUGUAAUCAACCCCAACUAUGAGGUGGCAGAGUCCGACUACACCAACAACAUUAUGAAGUGCAGGUGUCGAUACGAUGGCCACCGGAUAUGGAUGUACAACUGUCAUAUAGGUGGCUCAGUGAGUUCUGAGUCAGAGGAAUCCUCUUUCCCUGGCCUCUUGAAUAACCAGCUGGGACACAGGUAGUGUGGAUGGACUCGAUAGAAAGACUGGGAGGAACAUUUUAUUUCACGAAACUGAUGAGAAUGACCAGCAAG